CCCACGUAGGUGCCUCUUGCUUGCACUCGCGGACUCCAUGUCUCUUCGGGGUUAUCCUAGGCUUUGCAGUGCCACAUCCCAUAGAAACCACUGCUACAUCCCCGUGACGCCUUCCAUCACAGUCUGCUCAGAUGAUGUAAACCCUACCUUUGGACCUUACUUACCCAGCAGCUACCAAGGCAAUCUCUGGCUUCUGGACCACUGCCAAGACUCCUACUGUGAAGCACUUUGCUGUGACUCUCCCAGCUGUGUGCUCAAGUCUUGCGCUCCAAGUUGUGAUCCCGCGGACUCCUGCGUGCCUUGCCAUUCCCUGUCUGCAAAUCAAGUUGUUAGUGACAGCGAAACUACCAACAUCAGAUCCAGACGCAGCUGCAGUCCCUGUACUGGGACCAAAGGGUAUGUAUCCAACUGCACCACGGCUACUCGAUCCGCAUCUAAAGCCUGUCAGACUCUUCAAAAUGGCUCCCGCUGCGUAGGGCAAUUUAAUUCCUUCCCUAAGAAUCUUCAGGCCCCACACCACUGUAUUCUGGGCAACAAUGAAUAUAGAAGCUAUGGAAAAUUUGGAUUCAUCGCCAAUGGUUUCUCUCCAUCUUGCUACACUAUCAGUAGCUACCAUCCCCGCAGUUACCUAAUGAGAUAUUGCCAGUAUCCAAAUUAUGUGCCUUCAAGUUUCUCCUCCCGGAGCUACUUAUGUAGAAAUUUUCAGUCUCUGAGCUGUAUACCUAGUACAUUCCCACCUCUGAGAUACUUAUGCAGCAGUAACAGACCUCUGCAUUGCUACUGAUUGAUUUAUAGCUCCUAAAAGAGCUCCAAAGAGGCUGAUGGAGGACCGCAAGUCUGAUUCAGGUCUGUGGUCUCUAUUAUUCUGCUAAAUCAAUCUAUUCAUCUUAGACGGUGGUCACACCAGCCUCAAGUCAAUUAACCACUCUGUAGUUUAUCCUUUAAUCUGUUAGUCUGAUUAUGAGGGUAGUCUUAGCUCUGAAACUGACUAGAAUGGACUCACUUGAAGAGAUUCCACAUGAAGGAAAAUCGUCAACAUUUUUACUCUGGUUGCCACUUGCCUUGUGAUCCUCUACCUGGGUCGAUGCCUGAUUUCAACAUAGUUUUUUCAGAUUGUUCUGCUUUUCAUCGAUAGUUUUGUUAACUGCCUAAUGAGCAUCUUGCCUUCAAUCAAGAAAUAAAAUUACCUUAAACAUACUGAAUGGAGCUAUUUCUUCCUUUCCCUCCUGACGGAUUAUAAGAAGGGAGUGUACAACAUCAACAGUCAUAGCUACUAAAGAGAAAACCUCAGCAAUUGUCUCUUUCAAAGAAGACAGAAAGCACAGGGUUGAUUGACAGCUGACUCUUAGCCUCCACCCUUGGGAGAAAUACUCAGGACUGAGUGAAGCACAGAAAGUAUUUGAGAAAGGAGAGACAAAUGCUGUUGUAGAUUCUCCGUGACUCCUAGAAUUCAUCUGUGUUCUAGAUUCCUGUCAUUCUGCUCUGUUGAAUUGUGUCAUUCUUAUUCUAGAAAAUAUCACAAUUCUUGACUAAUAAACAAUGAUC